UACUUAACGUGGCCGGCGGCCGAGGCGCCCGCACUUCCCGAGCCUCGCCGCCGCCGACCCGCUCCAUGGCGCUCCUCGUGCGGCUGCUGGCUGUCGCCCUGGCGCUGGCCCUGGGCCCCGCCGCGACCCUGGCGGGCCCCGCCAAGUCGCCCUACCAGCUGGUGCUGCAGCACAGCCGGCUCCGGGGCCGCCAGCACGGCCCGAACGUGUGCGCUGUGCAGAAGCUCAUUGGCACCAACAAAAAGUACUUCACCAACUGCAAGCAGUGGUACCAGAGGAAGAUCUGCGGCAAAUCGACAGUUAUCAGCUACGAGUGCUGUCCUGGAUAUGAAAAGGUCCCCGGAGAGAAGGGCUGUCCAGCAGCCCUGCCACUCUCAAACCUUUACGAGACCCUGGGCGUCGUUGGAUCGACCACCACCCAGCUGUACACGGACCGCACGGAGAAGCUGAGGCCCGAGAUGGAGGGCCCCGGCAGCUUCACCAUCUUCGCCCCCAGCAACGAGGCCUGGGCCUCCCUGCCUGCUGAAGUGCUGGACUCCCUGGUCAGCAACGUCAACAUCGAGCUGCUCAACGCCCUUCGCUACCACAUGGUGGGCCGGCGGGUCCUGACGGACGAGCUGAAGCACGGCAUGGCCCUCACCUCCAUGUACCAGAACUCCAACAUCCAGAUCCACCACUAUCCCAACGGGAUCGUCACCGUCAACUGUGCCCGGCUGCUGAAAGCCGACCACCACGCAACCAAUGGAGUGGUGCACCUCAUCGACAAGGUCAUCUCCACCGUCACCAACAACAUCCAGCAGAUCAUCGAGAUUGAGGACACCUUCGAGACCCUGCGGGCUGCCGUGGCCGCGUCAGGGCUCAACACCGUGCUCGAGGGUGACGGCCAGUUCACGCUCUUGGCCCCUACCAAUGAAGCCUUUGAGAAGAUCCCUGCUGAGACCCUGAACCGGAUCCUGGGCGACCCAGAGGCCCUCAGAGACCUCCUGAACAACCACAUCCUGAAGUCGGCCAUGUGUGCCGAAGCCAUCGUCGCAGGGCUGUCCAUGGAGACCCUGGAGGGCACCACACUGGAGGUGGGCUGCAGUGGGGACAUGCUCACCAUCAACGGGAAGGCCAUCAUCUCCAACAAAGACAUCCUGGCCACCAACGGGGUCAUCCACUUCAUCGACGAGCUGCUCAUCCCAGACUCAGCCAAGACGCUGUUUGAGUUGGCUGCAGAGUCUGACGUUUCCACAGCCAUUGACCUUUUUAGACAAGCUGGCCUUGGCACUCAUCUCUCCGGCAGCGAGCGGGUGACCCUCCUGGCUCCCCUGAAUUCUGUAUUCAAAGACGGAACCCCUCCAAUUAAUGCCAAUACGAAGAACUUGCUUCUGAACCACAUAAUUAAAGACCAGCUGGCCUCCAAGUAUCUGUACCAUGGACAGACCCUGGAGACCCUGGGCGGCAAAAAACUGAGAGUGUUUGUUUAUCGUAAUAGCCUGUGCAUCGAGAACAGCUGCAUCGCUGCCCACGACAAGAGGGGGCGCUACGGGACCCUGUUCACCAUGGACCGGGUGCUGACUCCCCCCAUGGGGACCGUCAUGGAUGUCCUGAAGGGGGACAGUCGUUUUAGCACGCUGGUCGCCGCCAUCCAGUCUGCGGGGCUGACGGAGACCCUCAACCGAGAAGGGGUCUACACAGUCUUUGCCCCCACAAAUGAAGCCUUCCAAGCCAUGCCACCAGGAGAACUGAACAAACUGUUGGGAAAUGCCAAGGAACUUGCCAACAUCCUGAAAUACCACGUUGGCGAUGAAAUCCUGGUCAGUGGAGGCAUUGGGGCCCUGGUGCGGCUGAAGUCUCUCCAAGGUGACAAGCUGGAAGUCAGCUCGAAAAACAACGUGGUGAAUGUCAACAAGGAGCCCGUGACCGAAGCCGACAUCAUGGCCACGAACGGCGUGGUCCACGCCAUCACCAGCGUCCUGCAGCCGCCAGCCAACAAACCUCAGGAACGAGGGGAUGAACUUGCAGACUCCGCGCUUGAGAUCUUCAGACAGGCCUCGGCGUUCUCCAGGGCUUCCCAGAGGUCCGUGCGACUAGCCCCCGUCUAUCAGAUGUUACUGGAGAGGAUGAAGCAUUAGCACGAAGGACCGCCGCAGUAAUGCACCUCGGCAGCUCCCCGCCAGUUUCUCUCAGUUUGCCAAAGAGACUGCCUGAAUGUUUCUGAAACCAGAUACCACACUUCAAUGUGCCUGGGCCAAACCAUAACGAGAUCCGAGCCUCGGGCGGGUCAGGGAGGAGGGAAAGAGAUGUACUUUUUUAUUUUUUCUUCUCCCUAAACAUGGCUGUUAACCCACUGCAUGCAGAAACUUGGAUGUCACUGCCUGACAUUCACUUCCAGAGAGUCCCUGCCCCCAACAUGGAAUUUCCUGCCUAUGCCAAGUGCCUGAAAAAGGGGGCUGCAGGGUUGUGGGGCUCAGAAGACAUGAAUCAAGCAAUGCAGCGUUACGGGAAGUCCUGGCCUGGUUUUCGUAAAGCUCUUGCACAGCUGGAGAAAUGGCAUCAUUAUAAGCUGAGUUGAACUGUUCUGUCAAACUGUUCUGUCAAAGGGGUCUCACAUCUACAUGUGGCUUGGACGCUUCUAUGGGGCCCUGUCCAGGUAGAAAAGAAAUGGUAUGUAGAGCAUAUAGAGUGCAGAUUUCUCAAGUGUGACGGCGCCAUGGUGUGUUUGUAAUAAUAAAACCAAAGAAA